AUGGCGGCGGCGUGGCACAGGAGCGCUGGAGCAGCGCGAGGAGCGGUCCUGGAGCUGCAGCAGUGCUCAACACCGCCAUGGCAGGCAACGCUGCCGCCGUCAAGGACCUGCGCCACGCCUUCUGCUUCUUCGACUCCGAUGGCAACGGCACCAUGUUCACCACCAAGGUCGCGCGUCCUCUCUCUCCUCGGCAUCAUCAAGCCCCAUCCGUCGCGCAGUGUCGUCACAUUGUCGACGGCUAAUACAGCCAGUUCUACCGGACUUGUGUGCCUUCACGUCGGUGUAGACCAUGGUGUGCUGUGCGAGGGACGACGAAGCCGCCGUGCGCCAGAUGCUCGGCUGCCAUGGAGCGCGUGGUGCGCGCGAGCGUGCUUGGAAUUGCGGUGCGGCGCCGCGUUCAGACAGGCCUCCUUCCCGCGCGACCAGGACAGGCCUGACUCCGACGUAGUGGCCCUGACGGCCGCAGCGCUGGCUGCAGGCUGCGUCCGCCGUCGUGUUCCGGCACGCCAACCCGUCCUACUACUAAUCAUCCCGCCUGCUCCACGCAAGGUGUAUCUGAUCCGCGACGCCGGUGCGGUGUGCGUCGGGAUACGUUCGGGCGUUGUGGGCGCCGGGGACGUCGAUGCUGCGAGGAAGUUCGCGCGUGAGGCGGACAGGCGCGUCGGUGCACAGCGCGGGAGAACUGCAGUAAAUUUAUUAUUUUUGACAGAAUUUGAGAACGAAAAUUUGGUUUAUGUUAAAGGUAAUGGCAGAACUUCACAAGGGAACACCUCAAGUUGGUUUGAGGUUUAA